AUGGUUGUUAGGAUGAGGGAGUCCUUGGUCACCUACACACAGGAUCAUAACCUUAACAAGGUCAUCCUGUUAUAUUCCUGGGUCAAGGACAAACUACUGCCUGUAAUUGGUUACAGGUUUAUGGAGUGUUUUCCACAUCUGUACCAGGCUGGUGAAGGUCUGCUGUCAGGAUAUGAGGAGACGGAUUGUUACAUCAGGUUCUGGAACUCCCAUGGUCACCCACACCCUUACAGAAACCAGAGUGAGGCUGAGAACUGUCUGACCCUGAGUGACCUCUGUAAACUGUCUGACAUCCAUAGAGAGGCUGCUGACCUCAUUAUGAAGUACAAAAUCCAGUUAAACCUUGGCAGGAGGAGUGAACUCGUGUCAUUAGUAAUGAAUGCAGGGACUGAAGUGAAAGCUGGAAUUCCAUAUGGCAAUAACACAGAGACCAUUAGAAAGGUUAGACAACUCCUUCAGCAAUAUAACCUAACACGAGAGGAAAUAAAGGCAGUGGACAAUGCAAUGGAAGUGGACCAACCAGAAUACAACAAUCAACUGUCACUGUGCAGCCAGUCAACAACUGGAAAUCAUGUUGACCUUUGGCCUCUACAUGAUCACAUGUUUGUUAUCUCUGAACUGAAGCUAGUCAAUGAAAUGAUGACAUCAUUAGAAUAUACUGCCUCAACAGAGAUAGUGGCAUUAGUUAACUAUGGAAGCCAGUUUACUCCUGUGUCACCGAUGGUUUUAGCAAAACUGAAAGCAAAGUGUGAAGACAAAAGUCAGGAAGCUGCCGGUACCACUUUGUGUGAGAUACUCUGCGAUUUGUACCAACAACUGUGGACCAACACGUCAGCUACAGGACUAAACUGGUGGUUAAACUGGUCUCCAUCUCCUCAAAGCAUGGCAUCAAGUAUUGAAAGGACCAGAGAAAAUUGGGAGAGGUUAUAUGUUACACAAACUGAUUAA